AUAUUUUAUUUGGAUUUUCAUUUUCUUAGCUACCAAAACAAUAUGUCAAAUUUUCCUCGCUUUGGCCUCUCACGACAACGUCCUUCCAUGGCGGCGCCGCCAGUUCUCCCUACCACACUGCCUGCUGCAGAACUCAAGCCUGAAACUCAGCCGUUUUAUAAGAGGAGCCAGAGUCUUCAACCUGCGGAGAAACCCACGUCACCCAUUGCGUCGCCAAAAUAUGGACCUUCCGUCACACGUGUGCCCAGCCCACCGCCGCCCAAGGACGAACUAUCGCCUCCGGUUUCGCCUGCAAAGAAAUAUCCCGACAGGUUAAGCCAAACAUCCCCACUUCAGUCCCCGUCAAGGUCGCUGCGAACAUCGCCGCCGCCGCCGCCACCACCUCUCGCUCUGCCGCCUACCCAAUUCACAGCCGUUAAUGAAACCACCACUCAACCCAGAAUUCAGCCGGAGGUAGAGAAGAAAAGCAUUGUGUACAACAAGACGGUCGAGAAGCUGGUGAAGUCUGAUCGGCCAUCGGAGUAUGGCUCGGGAAAGCCAUAUGAAAAGCAGAAGGCAGUGGAGUCUAUAAACCUCGCCGGACAUAACGUAGGCGCAGUCAUGGAAAUAGAUAAGUCGUCGGUCGGCCACCGUUUGGGCGGAGAAACCGUAAGAAAGAACGAAACAGAAGGCGGCGGCCGGGAUGGAAAUGAGGAGAAGAAAAAGGAGGAGAAGAAAAAGAAGGAAAAGAAAAAGAAGAAUGUGCCAAUGACCGCAUUUAUGAACAGCAAUUUUCAGAGUGUAAACAAUUCGGUUCUGUACGACUCGUCGUGUAGCCACCGUGAUCCCGGCCUGCAUCUUAAGUUUGCCGAUGCGGCGGACGGCGACGGAGCCGCUGUUGAUGGGCGUAAGAGUUACAAGGCAUAGAGAUAAUGGCUCGUGAAGUAUUUAAGUAUAAGAAAUAAGCCAUUUACUUGGCGUUUAAAAAAAAAAAAAAAGAAGAAAAGCCAUUUACUUGGACUCUUAUUUAAGGUUAUAAUCGAUAUGAAUAAAAAUAUAUGACACAAAUUCAAUA